CAUUUCCUCUGAAAAAUUUCUGAAUUCAUGAUAUAGUGAAAUUGAAACGAAAAUGUCGUCUCCAGAAGAACAAAUUCAACAUUUUAUGGCUGUGACAGGCGUUGAGGAGCAGAGGGCCAGAUUCUAUUUAGAAUCUGCUGCCUGGAACUUAGAAAUGGCCACGGCCAGUUAUUUUGAGGAUGGAGAUCCAGAUGAUGAUAUGCCAGUAGAAAUGAUGGAAGAAGCUCUACAAGAAUCUCAACCAACACCACAAUCAGCAUCUGGCACCACCUCCUCCAUGGAAACCAAAGAGAAAAAGAGUAAACCUGCUAUAAACUCUCGAUUUGGUACCAUAGCAGGCUUCCAACAGGGAGAAGUAAGUGAUUCAAGCUCAGAUGAUGAGGGACAAAGGUAUUAUGCUGGUGGAUCAGAGAGAAGUGGUCAACAAGUUAUUGGACCCCCUAAGAAAAAGGAUAAAAAUGUUGUGGAGAAUUUAUUUAAAUCUGCAAAAGAUCAUGGUGCAGAGGUUGUAGAUAAAGCUGAAGACAGAAAACCAGGAUUUUCAACAUUUCGUGGAACUGGAUAUAAACUUGGCCAGACAGAAAGUGAUUCAGAGACGGUGCAAGGAGCUGCAAUGAAGCGUGCACCAAGUCAAGUGGAUAUGGUGUUAAAAUUAUGGAAGAAUGGAUUCAGUGUUGAUGAUGGACAUCUAAGGGAUUUUAAAGAUCCUGCUAAUAAGGAAUUUCUAGAUUCUGUAUCUAAAGGAGAAGUUCCUAGAGAUCUGAUAUCGAUGGCAAAGGGUGGUGAAGUCAGUCUUAACAUGGAAGAUCAUCGAAAUGAAGAUUAUGUUAAACCUAAAGUUCCUGUGAAAGCAUUCAGUGGAGAAGGUCACACCCUCGGAAGUCCCACCCCAAAAGUUGUUAGUAAUGCCCCAAGUACCUCUGGGGCAUCUGCUGCAGGUGCUACGUCUGUUACUGUGGACGACAGUCAACCAACCACAAGUUUACAAAUCCGAUUAGCAGAUGGAAGUAGACUUAUUGCGAAAUUCAAUCAUUCUCAUAAAGUUAGUGACAUUCGUAGUUACAUUGUGUCAAAUCGAUCCCAAUAUUCCGGUUCAAACUUUAUCCUGAUGACAACCUUUCCAAAUAAGGAAUUAAGUGAUGAAAAUCAGUCAAUAACAGAAGCCAACUUAAUCAAUGCUGUGAUUGUUCAGAAGUUGAAAUAAACUUGUUAUCUUUGACUUGAGGCUAAUUUAUGAUUUUAAGAUAGAAAUCUGACAUGUUUAAGAACUAGUUUUGAAAUAUUUUGAGUUUUCUAUUUUCGUUCAGUUUGGAAAUGUGAAUUUUUACUUUCAGUUUCUGGUGAAUACUAAUGUAGGCUUGUAGGCCCUACAAGCCAAUGUUACAAUGUAGGAUGGCUUGCUCCUUACAAAAUGUCAAAAUGUUUCAAUACUUUAAAGAGUUUAUUACAAUCAGUACAUAUAUUUACAAAAAAUAUUCAAAAUUUAACAAAUAGUAUUUCUCAUGUCCUACAAUAAAUAGAAUGAAAUAAAUCAACUAGAAUUUAUUUCUUUGAAAAAAUUUUUCAACCUUCAUUAAACUGUUUUGAAUAU